ACUUCUGUGGACUUCAAUGGAAAUUAUUCAUACUCUGCAAGUGGAGAGCAGAGCCAUGACUGGACUGAAGCCAAUGUUCUUUACAAGUUCACAUGCCUUGUAUUGGCUUUCUAAUUUAGACUCCUUCUGACCAAGUAAAGUGUGGGGGGGAGGGAAUGAAAAAUAGUAGCAGCUGUUUCGGUAAAAAAUUCUAAGGGUUAACAUAACACGAUGUAAACUAUUUCAUCUGUUCUUCCUACUUGCCCAUUUUAAUCUGAAAUGAGUAAGAGGAGCCUUAUAUGCAGUGAACUUGAAGAAUGCUAAUGGGAUGUCUGCAUCAUGUUGUACUCGGAGUACUUAUGCCAGAAUAGGAAAGCCUGUAAUUCUGUAAUUCUCUGAGGCAAGAAAGAGGCUUUCUGAAGAGUUACUUUAUAUUUAAACUCUCAUUCUAAUGUUAGACAGCCUGUUGGAUCUCUGAGUUAAAAAUUGCUUCAGCUUUAGUUACUAGAGCCAGAUGUAACAUUGACCUUAAAUGGUAAAAGCUCCCAAGAGUGAAAGAGAGGCUGGCCUGAGGGGAAAAAGAGGAAUAACCGAAGUUUUAGGAAGCUCUUGCCUGCAGCAUUCAAACCAUCAGCCUGCUGAAUUUUCACUGUCCUUUCUUCACCUAUGCUACAUGGCACUAUGCUGACCAUGACAGUUCCAGACCUUAAAUUCCUUUGAUAGAGCAUUUGAGGUCAACUGUCAAGCUCUCAGUGGAGAUGGAAUAAAGCACCUUUAAGCCUUCACUAAUACAGCACUCAGCCGUGACUUGGAGAGGCCUACGGAUCACAAGGCCUCUCAGCACUUAUGCCUUCAGGCUAACUUGAAACAGCUUCUCAGCGGUGCAUGGUCCUGUUAGUCCACAUUGCAGUUCCACGGGCUUCACACUGUCCACCAUGCCAACCUUACCUGAAGACAAGGGACAAUCAAAAGAGGCACAGCACAGCAGUUCUCCAACCAAAGACACAACUGUUGAAGGGACAACAUGCAGUACACCUUCUAUUGUUCUUCCAGAGAAUGCUGUUACGCCAGAUGUAGAAAUUGAUAAAAAUCUGGUUAACAGGCCUCGUAGUCCUCAUAGGAGACAUUCUAACCGUGCCACUAGGAGUCCAACAAACUCAUUGACUUCUGUUGACAACAGUGGCCAUGUGAUUGAUCUGGUAAAUGAUCAGCUACCAGAUGUCAAAAUAUCAGAGGAAGACAAAAAGAAAAACCUUGAAUUACUAGAAGAGGCAAAGAAAGUAAGUGAGCGGUUUCUGAUGCGCAGAGGCAGAAAGUCAAGAAGCAGCCUUCCGGAGUCACCAACAGCAGUUUCCCCUACACUUAGUCCUAAAGUUUCACCAGUAGCAUCUCGGAGCAACUCUCUCACUCUUCCAGUUCCAGCAGGGUCUGAUGUAUGCACAACCACUAACAGUGAGUCAGUAUCCCCAGGACAGAAUAACAGAACUGUGAAAGAAGAUGACAGGCAAACUGCAGAGAAUGCUGCAAAAGGAUUAAUUGAUCGAAGGCAGAAUGAUCAAAGAAAGAUUUCUCAGGGAAGGUUGGUUCCUCGCGCUGCUGGUUUUGAAAAUUCCAAAGAGAAGCUCUCAGAACAAAAGGAAAACUUCGAUCCACGUAAACAUAUGGAUACUUUACCUAAAUGUUCCCCUUCAGGUGGUGAUGGUGGCAGAAUGUCUCUUAACACUUGCAUGAAUGUUUGUGAAAAUGAACUUGGAAAGUCAUUCCUCAAGAAAGCAAAAGAAAAUGAUGUUCCUUUAAGGACCCAUCUACCAGGACCAGGAAUAGGAAAUAUAGACUCAAAGCUAAAAAUUCCUGUUCCAGAAAUAAGGGACCAUAAAGUUUCAUGUAAACCAGAAUUUAAAGUGUGUGGACUGCAUCCUCCUUUACUACGGGCUGUGUCAUGGGAUAGCUUGGAGCCUGGACAGAAAGAUAAAACACAUUUAAAAUUACCAUCUGAGGAAGAUAAAAGCCUUGUUGUUGGUAAUAAAUCCAGCAAUCAAUUAAAAUCAUUCAAAGACCUUCAAAUCCAAGUUCAGCCAGUUCGAAUGCAAAAAUUGACAAAGCUCAGAGAGGAGCACAUUUUGAUGAGAAAUCAAAAUUUAGUCGGACUUAAACUUCCUGAACUUAGUGAAGCAGCUGAACAGGAAAAAGGGCCUUCACCUCUCCCCUCUCCCACUGAAGAGGAAGAGACGAAGAAUAGCUCUGAUGUCAUGCCCAGCAUUCCUGAUGUAUUGCUGCGAAAACUACGAGUGCACAAAUCGCUUCCAGGAAGCUCUCCUCCACUUACUGAAAAAGAAGUUGAGAAUGUAUUUGUACAACUUUCCUUGGCCUUUAGAAAUGAUAGUUAUACCUUAGAGUCUAGAAUUAACCAAGCAGAGAGAGAAAGAAAUCUUACUGAAGAGAAUGCUGAGAAGGAACUGGAAAACUUUAAGGCAGCCAUUACGUCUUCAGCUCACUUGUGGCAUCACUAUGAACACAGAGAAGCUUACCAGAAGCUAUUGGAGGAUAUCGCUGUUCUGCGGCGUUUAGCUGCUAGACUGUCUAGUCGUGCUGAGAUGGUUGGAGCUGUUCGCCAGGAGAAGCGGAUGUCAAAGGCAACGGAAGUAAUGAUGCAGUAUGUGGAGAACCUGAAAAGAACGUAUGAAAAAGAUCAUGCUGAACUAAUGGAGUUCAAGAAACUUGCCAAUCAGAAUUCUAGCAGAAGCUAUGGUGCAUCUGAAGAUGGAGUACCUCGUUCAUCUAGAUCCAUGUCUCUUACUGUUGGAAAGAAUAUGCCUCGGAGGAGAGUCAGCGUUGCUGUUGUCCCUAAAUUUAACUCCUUAAACAUUCCUGGUCAGUCACCAACAGCUUCACCUAUACCUUCAAUGCCAUCCCUGUCUGAAUCGCCUAGCAAUGGAAGGAGCAAUCUAACAUCUACUCCCGUUCUGCCAGCACUUUUAGAAAAUGGUAAGACUAAUGGAGAGCCUGACAGUGAAACCUCUACUUCUGUGCUGACACAGAGUGGGUUGGAAGAAAUCAGUCCUGAAACUAAAGCCAAGAUAGAAGAGGAAGCAUAUAACAAAGGCUAUCAGGAAGGCUUGAAGAAAACCAAAGAACUUCAGGAACUGAAGGAAGAAGAUGAAGAGACACCAAAAGAAAGUCAUGAUGAACAUGAAGAAAGUGAAAAUGAAGAUGAGAUAAAAAACCUGAAAAGCAGACUUGAAGUCAUCAUUAAUUAUUUACAUAUAUUGUACCCCAAACUGUGUAAACACUGGAAUGUGGUAUGGCUUGUAGUGGCUGCGAUAAUCAUUUUUGCCGUGGUGUUGGGAAUCUACCAUUCAUACAACUCCUGUGAUGAAAAAUCAGAGGGACCUGAAGGGAAGGCCAGCUGUUCUGCCGCCCAUCAAAAUUCCUGGUGGAACUCAGGAUUUCAACAUGAGCAACGCACUGAAUAAUAGAGGAACAACCAUGUAUUUGUGGUACCUGAGCAAGUAUGUGUAUUAGGACACAGUUGUUAUAGGUAGUGCUUAGUCAGCCUUAUGGUUGUUAAAUAUGAUCUGUUAGACAAGUGAGUUACUCCACACCAUCAGGUUUGGGGAUACAUUGUGAACAUACCUUGCUAAAAUGACAACCUGAUAAAUAAUCCCGUCUGUCCUCUUAUUGUAAAUGCCUGAUAAAAAUAAAUUAAUAUCGAAUCAUGAUAAGGUUUUGCAGUAAUCAGCAACCAGCAAGACAUUUAAAAUAAUGAUUUGCACAGGAUAUUAUUUCUGCUAUGGUUCUGAAGAAAAUCAUAAAACUUGCAUUUGCAGUUAGUGCUUUCCUUUUAUUUUCUGAAUUUACUGGUGAUUGUUGAAGUACUAAUGGCAUUUCAGUCCUUUGGGUUUAAAGAGUCUAAUUGAUUUCCUUAUUCGUGAUUAUUGAGUAGAAAUAGAAGCUCUUCUAUGGAUUAUCAGACCAAAUGCCUUGCUGAUCAAGUAAUUUUAUAAGACUAAUUAACUGUAUGAUUAUUUAAAUGGAAUACUAAGUACGUGCAUAAAUGUGUUUUAUUAUAUACUUUAAGAAUGGGACCACCACUUUUUUUUUGGGAUAUACAACAAAACCUAAAAUGUCUAGGUGGCAAAAACCCUACCAGUGCCCAGGUGAAUCAGGACAUGCAAGCAGUGAGGAUUUUUAAGAGGUUGCUGCAUGUCUUCAGUAGUUCAUUUUCAGAAUCUGAUGCCAAGUAUAUGACUGUUCUGAUAUGCUUUCAAAGCUAAACUAUCAGGUCAUGACAGGGUAUUCUUUUGCACAGAUUUUUUUAACAGUUCUGAAUAUUGGGAAGUUGUGAGUUCUCACACAAGAAUGUGAAAGCCUGUAAUUUUAAGACAAGCAAUUUCAAAAUGGUAAAGCCAUUAUCUGUAAAAAAACCACACCACCUAGGGGUGAGGCCAAAUGCAUGUCACUUAUGGUAUGCCGUAGGUACCUGCUGAACGUCACUUCUGACUGAAGAUGAACUAUGUGUAUCUUGCCAUAGCUAUAUGCUUGAAUCUAACCAUAAUACCAAAAUAAGUGUGACACUUGAUUGCACUCAUAUCUUGCAUUCUUCUGGCAUUUUCUGACUGAUUAACAGGUCUGUUUACCAACUCAAGGGUCAGUAAGUUAUGAAGUACUGUAAUUUCAGUUCAGAUGUAGUUAGUAUUGUCUUGUUUCCUUUUGGUGUCAACACUGAACCUCAAGCUAACUAUCAAAGAAAACAGGUCUCUAAGUCAUAAAGUUAAUUUAUGUAUCUGGCACUAGUAACAAACAUCCUGCUGGUGAAUUUUCUUUGUUAUAUCUUUAGCCACAUGUUUCUUAAAAGACAUUAAUAUUGAAAAAGAAAAGAAAAAAAUUUAAAAAGCAAACCAUACCACUUUUUUUUUUUUUGGUGGGGGGUGGGACUGAGGAGGAAGUCUAUAAGCAGUUGGGAGGGGUUGUUGUUGUUUUAAAGUAUAUAUUGUUGAGGAAUGGUGUGCUUAAGGAGGUUCAAAAAGGAUAAUGGGAAAGUGUCAUUUGGUCUAAAUUCGUAAUUGGUAAAGCAUAAGACAAAAGAAGGCUGCUUGCGAAUUACUUGGUAUCUGUUUGGUUCAGUUAGAAUAUCUGACUAUGAAGAACUACUGUGACAUUUCACUUCAGUAUUUGAAGAAACUUGCCAGUUGCUCUUUGAAUACUUCUUUAUUAAAAUCAGCUUCUUUAACUUAAUAUUCUUUGCAAAUAGUGUUGAUACCUUAAGGCAAUAAAAGUAGAAGGUAAAUAGUCCUGAAGAUUCAGGACUCAAUGCCAAAAAUUAUGGUACAUAUUUGAUAAUGUGAUUGUGGAAAUGUUGGGCUGCACCAAGGAAAAAUAAUGAACAAUGCUUAUAAUUGAAUUAUUUCACUCUUGUUUACAACUGCACUGAUGUGGGUCCAACAUUUUAUUUUAAGUGCAUGUAGAAAGUCAUUGAUAUCAAUCGGGCUCUUGAACUGCUUAAUGUUAAGUGUGUGCCAAGUUUCUUUUGGUCAGGGUGUGCUUGAGGUUUCCAUCCUCUCCAUUCAGCACACUGGCUUUUGGUGGACAUAGUGCACAAGGGCAAGUUUCUGUAAGUAAUUGUACUGAUUUGAACUGAACUACUUGCAUGUCUAAGGCAAGUAUAAUUUAGCCACAAAGUUAUUAAUUGUUGUGCGCAAUGGACUGAAAGAGGCAAGAUAUUUCACGAGAAUGAAAAUUUAUGAAAGUUUAUUUACAAAAAAAACUUGUUCUUUUUAUAACUACUUUGAGCAAACUGUCCACUAAAAAUGAUGAACCACAAUGACUAACAGCACAUUAAAUGGUUUUGAUUGUUUUUCAGUUAAUUGAUGAAGACACCUUUUUAAUAGGAAACUAGAUGGAGCUCAAAAACUAUUCUAAAUGUAAUUUUAUCUGUUGGAUAUUAGUUUGCUUUAUCUGGGGGCAGGGGGAACACAACCUGGUUUGUGUUCAAAGAUCACAUAACAAGAAAUAUAUAUAUUAUUUAUGCUAUUAACACUGAAGUAGUUUUCUUGAGGUGCAAUAUUUAUUUUUCUGCUUUGAUAAGACACGUUUAUUAUUUUUCCUGCACAGCACAGAUGUUUCUAGUAAAAGGAAAUUUAAAAGGGCACUAUUUUUGUGUAUCAUAUUUAAAUUUGUAAUAUUGUAAGAUUUUGCACAAGUGUGCUGGUAUUGUACUGUAUAGUAUCACAUACUUGAGUUUUGAAAUAAAAGUAUGGUUUCAAAGUCA